AUGGCUGAUAACUGUUGGUACCGGCCCUCGUUUGUGGGCUCAGCGAGUAAUGUCCCAUUCUUCACUACCUUCCAGGGUGACCCAACUUCACAACGACGAAUUCACCAUCGCAUAGUUAAAACUACAAGUGCUGAUAAUAGCCCUAGCCGGAUUGGAAAGCGAGAUAUGAUGUUCAACCGUUGUCAUGGGCAGCGUCGUGUUGUUCGAAAUAGUAUGCGCGAACUGUCUUUCCAUUCUGCUCUACUGCGGGCCGUCCCAAGGGAAAGCCCAGCAAGUUCGUUACCUUCUCCGACGCGUUCAAAUGUUACAUAUCCCAAUAUUCGACCACCGUCCACAUGCCAGGAUGGAACAUAUGAGCACAAGGAAAUGCUUAUGUCGCCUGCAUAUAUGAACAACAAUGGUUUAUACACUCAAGAAUACGCCACGAAUCACUAUGGCUGUCCAACACAUCCUCAAAUGGAAUUCCCGCACUAUCAACUGGAUAUUUCUCAUCGCAACUCUAUCUAUAUCAUGGAAUCGCUCUCUUCAGACCCGCCUACAACAAACUACUUACUCUCUUCAACUUGCUACAGUAUGCCGUUGGCAAAUGAUAUGGCGAGUAUCUCGACAGCUCCAACCGCUCUCUCGACACCGGACAAUCCUCCUACCCACAACCAUGAUAGUGAACCUGAAACUCCGCCCCUAGUUCCGGAUAGGGAUGAACCUGGCGAAGAACUCGUCGGUGUGGGAUUAUACGAUAAGCCUGAAGAACUACCUCAGUGGGAUUAUUCAAUGGACAAUUAUUUGAGACUGGGAAACGACACAGAUUCUCGAAUAUCGCUAAAAACCUCUGGGGGCAAGGGACUGAAAUUGGAGGAAACGUUUGACCCUGAUGCCGUUGAGUCUUCGCAAGAUGACGACAGCGAUGACGAAGAGAGCCGAGAUAAAUCCGACAUGGCGAACGACCAAGGAAAUGGUGAUGACGAUGACUGCAUCCGAAGAAGAGCAAGCCAAGAGCAGGAUGAAAUAUCAACGCCAGAGGAUCCCAAGCUCCAGGUUGAGCAGAAAAUGCAACCAUUCUACAGCCCCUUUGAAACGUCUUCUUACCUUCAACAAAAUGAGCCGUGGAUUUUUUCUUCUCAACAACAUGACCCAGAGAAUAGCCCUGUCUAUCAUCUAGAUAUGGCCGGCAAGUCGUUUUACUUCCAAGAUGAGCAGAACUCAGAUUUCGUAAUUACAAAAUCGAACCAACAGUCCAUGACUUUCCCCUCUCAUUUGUUUGGAGCGUCUUACACUGGUUCUGUGUAUGGCUGA